AUGAAAGAAAACCUCGACGAUGAGACCCAAUUGGCCCAAAUGGGUCACAAGGGCGAAUUGAAACGCCAAUUCUCCUUGUUAUCAAUGUUGGGUCUGGCAUUUGCCAUUUUGAAUUCAUGGACCGCGUUGUCCGCGAGUUUGUCCCUUAGUUUGCCAUCGGGAGGCCCAGCCAGUGUUGUCUGGGGCCUCGUGACUGCAGGUGUUUGUAAUUUAUGCAUGGCUGCAUCUCUCGCGGAAUUCCUGUCCGCCUAUCCUACUGCCGGUGGCCAAUACCACUGGGUGGCAGUUAUCUCUUGGGAGCGAUGGGUGCCUAUUCUUUCUUGGAUCACAGGCUGGGUGAACUGCUCCGGCUGGGUGGCCCUGGUGGCAACCGGUGGAUUGCUCGGGAGCCAGCUGGUGCUGGGAGUUAUUUCUUUGAUGAAUCCAAAUUAUGAAGCCCAGAACUGGCACCAAUUUCUGAUCUACGUUGCCUAUAACAUCGCCGGAUUCACCAUCAACGCUCUGAUGAACAACAUUUUACCAUAUUUCAACAAAACUGCCUUUAUUUGGUCACUUAGCGGUUUCACGGUUAUUUGUAUUACUGUUCUCGCUUGCUCCUCACCCAACUACAAUACUGGAGACUUUGUUUUCCGUGACUUCAUCAACUCGACCGGAUGGCCGGACGGUAUUGCCUGGUUGCUUGGUCUCUUGCAAGGUGGACUUGGUGUGACUGGAUUUGACGGUGUUGCCCAUAUGAUUGAAGAAAUCCCUAAUCCUUCGGUAGAAGGACCCAAGAUUAUGAUUGCCUGCGUGGGGAUCGGUACUGUGACGGGUACCAUUUUCCUGGUUGUGCUGUUAUUUGUGGCAGGUAACAUCACCGAUAUUAUUGACUCUGCGGCUGGUCCCCUCCUGGCAAUUCUGAAGAACGCAACUCAAAACAAUGCGGGCGCUGUCUGUCUGUUGAUUUUUCCUCUCGUCUGCAUGCUUUUUGCUACUACUGCGAUCAUGACUACUAGCAGUCGCAUGUGCUAUGCAUUUGCCAGAGACGGUGGUCUUCCAUUUUCUCAUUUCUUCGCCCGAGUCCACCCGAAGCUGAAAGUCCCUUUGAACUCACUUUAUCUCAACUGGAUCCUUGUUAUCAUUUUCGGCCUAAUAUUCCUGGGAUCUUCUAGUGCAUUCAAUGCUAUUGUCUCGUCGUCGGUCGUUAUGCUGGAUCUUGCAUAUGGUAUUCCGAUCGCCAUUAAUUGUUUCCGAGGACGCAAUAUGCUCCCCGAAAGGCCUUUUGUCCUCUCCAACUGGCUUGGCUGGAUUCUAAAUAUUAUAUCUUUGGUCUACGUUAGCUUAACUACUGUGCUUUUCCUCUUCCCUCCGGAGUUGCCUGCUACUGGUAGCAACAUGAAUUACUGUGUUGCAGCUUUUGCAAUCGUCUUCAUUAUUUCCACAAUCACCUGGAUCUUUGACGGUCGCAAAAACUUUGUUGGCCCACGAAUCGAGGUGGAGGUGCUUUCAGGGCAGGUUGGUGUCCAGCCCGAACAGCCAAUCCCUAUGGUUGAACAAAAGGCCUAG